GUGACGUAUCUCUCAGCCGCCCCCACCUGCACCCGUGUGGGACGGCAGCCGGGACACCGGAUGGGAAAAGAGCCGAAGUUACCAUUUGUGUGGAGUGACAUCACUGGAGUUUCCCUGAGACCAGCUCAGUGCAUAUAUAUCUGGAGGGGGACCCGAGAAACUCAUGGGCCACACUCAGCCACCUCAGCUACGCAGCUCGAUUAGCGACGCGAGUUUUACUAUCCUACCAUGGAGUCCAACUGCACUGUCGCCUUGGAUAUGGAGCCCGGGGCUCAGGAGACGCCGCAGGUGGUGCUGCUGCAGAAAAAGAGGGGCCACUGGAGGUUGGGGGGCCUGGCGGCCAUCGUGGCCCUGUGCGUCGCCAGCGCUGUGCUCUUCACCAUGCAUGGGCAGGUGUCGCACGAAGGAGAACAAGACGAAGAUCUGCGACACACGCUGAGGCAAAUUUCCCUAAAAGCCAAAGCUGCGAUUCAUUUAGAAGGUGAAUUCAACUCCAAGUUCUCCAACGAUUCGGCAGAGUGGCAUUCUGAUGUAGGCCAGGCAUUCACCCAGGGUGGGUUAAAGCUGGAAAACAACGAGAUCACGGUCUCCCAGGGGGGACUGUACUUCGUCUACAGCCAGGCGUCCUUCAGGAUCAACUGCCACAAGGCAAGCAGGGACAGUAGCGAGCAGUUCCUGCACCUGAGCCACAUGGUGAUGCGCUGGUCCGACUCGUAUGGCGGCGUCUGGAAACCGCUGCUCAGCUCUGUGCGUUCGGCGUGCAAGAAGGUGGAGACGGGGCACGACACCGGCGAGCACUGGUUCAACAGCAUCUACCUGGGUGCCGUAUUCAGCCUCAACCGGGGCGACAAGCUGAACACGAUGAGUAACGAGAAGCUGCUGGCGAACCUGGAGGGAGAGGAUGGGAAGACCUUUUUUGGGGUCUUUGCGCUGUGAGGCAUGUGGAUGUGGGCGGCGAUGAGGACACAGCACUGAAAUAAGGGGACAUACAGGUGUGCGUAUGGAAAGGUAUCAAAAACAAGGAAGGGACCAAGAUAUGCGGCCAAAGGUGAAAGGACAGAAGCUGAGGGAGAUCAACAGAAUCCCUCAUGGUAGUUCCAUACCUGCCAAUGUUGUUUUAUAUUAAAACACGAUUUCUUGCCAUGAUACUAUACUCAUGUAUAAAUGUAAUAUCAUUGUAGUUUAUGGUCAUGCAGAUUACAUUUAGUACUAUGACUGACUACUUCUGUGAUGCACUAAAACCUCGUGUUCGUACUGUUCCAUGAUCACCAUAUUUGAAUGUGAAAUAUUAUGACUAAGCAAAAAAAAAUUGCACGUCACCAGCAGUUGCAAAAGUCCCAUAGAGCUAACAUCAUAAAUUUAUUUCAGCGUUUUUUUUUUAUUGUUAUUAUUUUCAAACUUGUAUUUUCAAACUUGUUCUAAGUGUUCUGUGCUAUUGAAUGUAUAUUUAUUGAUGACUGCAUCUAUUUAUUUAUU